AUGGCGGAGGCGGCGCUCAGGAGCUGCGGAGCGGCCGCGGGGACGCCCCGGAAACGGAGCCGGGAUCCCGACGGGAAUCCCAGCAGGAAUCGCAGCUCCAAAGGCAAAGCCAACGCCAAGGCCCGGCAGGAGAUUCCCAAGGGGAAAAGCGUCGGGAAUUUCAACGUCGGGAAUUCCCGGAAUUCCAACGUCGGGAACGUCGGGAAUUCCCAGAAUUCCAACGUCGGGAAUUCCCAGAAUUCCCUGCUCCAGAAGAGGCCGGAAUUCCGGGUGCUGAGCGCCGGGGUGCGCCCGGCCCUGCGGCUCCCGCUGGGCUCCGCCUUUUUCCUGAGCCGGAAAAAAUCCCGGAAAAACCCCGGAAACUCCGGAGCCAAUUCCGGGAAAACCUCGGCAGAUCCCGGAGCCGAUCCCAAGAAUCUUCCGGAAAAGGCGUCGGAAAAAUCGGGAAAGGAGGAAAAGAAAAGCACCGGGAAUUCUGAGGGGAAGGAGGAAUCCCCUGGAAUUCCUCCCUCUCCCAGCCCGGAUUCCCAGGAUUCUGGCCCAAAGAAGGACUUGGGCUCUCCGUGCCCGGCCGGGCUCUUCCCGAUCUUCCUUCCCACCAGGAGGAGGCCCCUGGAGGAGCUCCCAGCUCCCUUUGCCAUCGGCCCCUCUGGAAAAGCUCCCAGGAAAUCCAAGGAAUCCUCUCAGCAUUCCCGGGAUCAGAUGAUCAUUGACGCGGGGCAGCGGCAGCUGGGGGCGCUGCAGUGCGGAUCCUGCGGGAUGCUCUACGAUCCCGGAAUUCCCGAGGAUCGGAUCCAGCACCUCCGGCACCACCGGAGACUGCAGCAGGGCCUCGCCUACCCGGGCUGGAAGAAGGAGCGCGUGGUGGGGGAAUUCUGGGAUGGCAAAAUCGUCCUGAUCCUGCCCGGGGACCCCAACUACGCCAUCGGGAAGGCACAGGAGGUUCUGGCUCUGGUGGAUUCCGAGCUGGGAUUCCCGGCGGGGUCCCCGCGCUGCCCGGAGCCGUCCCGGCCCCAUUCCCGGCCCCAUUCCCGGCCCCAUUCCCGGAUUUUCCCGGAGCAAUCCCACGUUUACCUGUUCGUGGGCGCCGGCAGCGUCCUCGGCUGCCUGGUGGCACAGAGCAUCAGCCAGCCCAUUCCCAUUUCUCCUGGGGCCAGGAUCUGUCUUCAUAAUCCCCUUUUUUUCCCCGGCUCCAGGCGCACGUUCGUGUUCGGGGCGGUUCUGAAUUCCCGGGAUUUGGCCUUUUCCGACCCCACUCCGGACGGGAGAGCCUUCGCUGCCCGGUACUGCGGCCGCGCCGACUUCCUGGUCUACAGCCCCCUGGUUUUUUGA